CCUUAACACUGCUAUUCUCAAAAACAGUUUCACCAGUUGUAGAAGUUACAAAAUCAUUGGGCAGCUCAAAAUAAUUGCAACAGAGGUAAAUUUUGAAAUUUUGAAUUUGACCCGUUGGAUCGGAUUUGAUGCCAAUUGAUUGAGUCGUACACCAAUAAAAGGAACACAAGCAAGCAGGCCCUUUGAUUGAUGUAUCACAAAUUCGCAAUUAAUAAGCAUAAUUUAUUUUAAGUGAUAGGAACUGUACAUGGAAAUAAAAAUACAAUGAAUCUUUUCACCAAAAAAAGAACAUUACAAUGAAUUCCUGCUGCUGACCGAUGGGAAGGAGGGUGUUUAAAAUAAGGACUUUGCCACCAUUUCACUUUCCUUCCUCCACCAAAAACAAAACAAAAAAACAAAAAAACCAGAGAUUAAGAGAGAGAGAAAUUUUCCGUUUGGUUCUAGGGAAAAAUGGUGGCCGCCAAUUUAUCAUACGAGGAGUCUCGACGGCAGAGGAUGGAGGAAAACAAGAAGAGAAUGGAGGCACUGAAUCUGCCCCAGCUUGCUCAGGCUCUAAAAGCCCCAUCCUUUCCUAAACCCUCUCCUAUGAAGCGAGCAAAGCCUCGGACAGUCGAGAAGCAGAUGGUUGUGGUGAGGAGGUCCUCUCGCGUCGCAAACCUGCCUACCCCUGUUUACAAAGAAAUUGCUGUGGAUCCAUUGAGAAUGCCCAGAAGGCAUUCUACUUCGAAGCAUAGGGAUUUUUCGAACCGGGUAUAUGCUUCAGAUGAAGCAAGAGCUGAGGCGACAGAGAGAGCCGAGGAAUUAGAGUCGGGUUUGGGAUCCGAUCACCCGACCUUUGUGAAACCCAUGCUCCAAUCACAUGUCACUGGUGGAUUCUGGCUGGGUCUUCCAAUCCAUUUCUGCAACAAGAACCUCCCAAAGCGCGAUGAAUCUGUGAUAUUGGUAGAUGAAGAUGGCGACGAGUACCAGAUUGUAUACUUGGCCAAUAAACGAGGACUCAGUGGUGGGUGGAGAGGGUUUGCAAUUGCUCAUGAAUUGGUGGAUGGGGAUGCAUUGGUUUUUCAACUAAUCCGGCCUAAAACAUUCAAGGUGUACAUUAUAAGGGUGGAAAGAACUUAAGAGGGCAACAAGAUUACUAUUGAACUUUUGGCUCAAUAUUGGGGAUUGUUUUGUGAUCUUUCGUGGAGAGAGGUAGAAUUUACGUACUGGUUCUCUCUUUCUUUUGCAGCUUAUGCAUUGACCAAAGAAAUAGCAAUUUGUGACCUGAUUUCUAUCGCUUCUUCAUCAUUUAGACCACGAAUUUCCCCAGGAAUUGUAAAUGUACAUUUCUUAUGUACUUCCUUGACCUAGUCAUAGAUUUACCCUUUGGCUUAUGGGUUCCAAAUUCCAUACACUAGAUAUUGUCUAAAACUCUAUUGCAUACCAAUCACAUGGUUCCUUCAGCUGUGAUAUUGAGAUAGAUUAAACAAUCAUAUCAAAAGUAAGGCUUGAUUGAAA